CCGAGUCCGGGGCAGCGCUCGGCGGACGCCGAUGGGCAUCGGGCGGCCGCGCUGGGCACGGGCACCGGGAGCCCGGCGCUGAGAGCGGGGCUCGGCGCUCGCACGGCGCUCGGGGGUCGCGGCGGGGCCCCCCGGGCCGGGGCGAUGCCCCCCUGCAGCCGCACGGACUGAGCCGGGGCCGGCCCGUGCAUGGCCCAGCCAUGGAGGUGGUGGACGAGACGGAGGCUCUGCAGCGCUUCUUUGAAGGCCACGACAUUAAUGGAGCUCUGGAACCAUCCAACAUUGACACCAGCAUCCUGGAAGAGUACAUCAGCAAGGAAGACUCUCCAGAAAUCUGCUUCCCUGAGAUCCCUGCUCCCACCAGCUACACACACCCCCAGCCCUCCAGCUCUGCUGGCAUCCCUGCACCUCCCAGCAGCUCCAUCAGCAGCGUGAGCAAUCCCUCUCCCAGCCCUGCCCUCCACCUCCCUCCCGCCGGCAACCAGCUCCCCAUCCGCCAUGGUCCCCUCCUGGCCAAUCCCUGCGGAGCCGCCUACGGAGCUCACCUCAACUGCAACAACAACAACGGCAUGGUGGUGCCCAAGGGCUUCCUGGCUGGCCACUGCCUGAACAGCGUGGUCCCUCCAAUCAAAUCAGAGCCCAAGGCCUCCUACGCACCUGGCACUUUGCCGGACUCUCCCCCGGAUUCCGGAUCGGAAGCCUACUCCCCUCAGCAGGUGAACGAUCCUCACCUCCUCCGGACCAUGACUCCUGAAAAUAUGUGUCACAUGACUCCCCCUUCCCGCCUGGAGCACCCUCCUCCUCCGCCGCCUCCUCCUCCACCCCCUCACCUCCAGGGUCCCCCUCCGCCGCCCCCACCGCCCCCUCACCCCCUCCAGCCGCAGCACAAUUCCCACUUUCCCGGCCUGCAGCGGGAUAUGUUCCUGAAGGCCGAGCCCCUGAUGCCUCCGUACAGCGUGGGGCCGGGAAUGGCGCCCGCCGAGCUCCACCAUGCCCAGCAAUCCCAGAUGCUGCACCAGCUCCUCCAGCAGCACGGAGCAGACCUCCCGGUGCAUCCCGCCAAGAAGCGGAAACACUCCGAGUCCCCCCCCAACACCCUCAAUGCCCAGAUGCUCAAUGGGCUGAUCAAGCAGGAGCCGGGAAUGGGAUCGGUGCCGCUCAAUCCUGACCGCGUCCAGACGCCUCCCUGGCACCAGCCGGGAGCGCUCUCUCCAGGCCUGAUCCAGGAUAAUGACAGCCUGAAUGGCUCCUACCUGGAUCCCAACUUCCAGUCCAUCAAGUGGCAGCCACACCAGCAGAACAAGUGGGCAACUCUGUACGAUGCCAACUACAAGGAGCUCCCAAUGCUCACGUACCGCGUGGAUGCCGACAAGGGCUUCAACUUCUCCGUGGGAGACGAUGCCUUCGUGUGCCAGAAGAAGAACCACUUCCAGGUCACCGUGUACAUCGGAAUGCUCGGCGAUCCCAAGUACGUGAAGACCCCCGAGGGCCUGAAACCCUUGGAAUGCUUCUACCUGAAGCUGCACGGAGUGAAGCUGGAGGCCUUGAACCAGUCCAUCAACAUCGAGCAGUCGCAGUCGGACCGCAGCAAACGGCCCUUCAACCCCGUCACGGUGAACCUCCCCCCAGAGCAGGUCACCAAGGUCACCGUGGGGCGGCUGCACUUCAGCGAGACCACAGCCAACAACAUGAGGAAAAAGGGCAAACCCAACCCGGACCAGAGGUACUUCAUGCUGGUGGUGGCCCUGCAGGCACAUGCCCAGAACCAGAACUACACGCUGGCAGCCCACAUCUCCGAGCGGAUCAUCGUCCGGGCUUCCAACCCGGGGCAGUUUGAGAGUGACAGUGACGUGCUGUGGCAGCGGGCGCAGCUCCCAGACACCGUGUUCCACCACGGCCGCGUGGGAAUCAACACGGACCGCCCGGAUGAGGCCCUGGUGGUCCAUGGCAACGUGAAGGUCAUGGGGUCCCUGAUGCACCCUUCAGAUGUCCGAGUGAAAGAGGACAUCCAGGAGGUGGACACAACGGAGCAGCUGAAGCGGAUCUCCAGGAUGAGGCUGGUGCACUACAACUACAAACCCGAGUUUGCAGCCACGGUGGGCAUUGACAGCACCUCUGAGACAGGUGUCAUUGCUCAGGAAGUGAAGGAGAUUCUGCCAGAAGCUGUGAAGGACACUGGGGACCUGGUCUUUUCCAAUGGGAAAACCCUGGAGAACUUCCUGGUGGUGAACAAGGAGCGGAUCUUCAUGGAGAACGUGGGAGCCGUGAAGGAACUGUGCAAGCUCACGGAUAACCUGGAGACACGGAUCGAUGAGCUGGAAAGGUGGAGCCACAAGCUGGCCAAGCUCAAGAGGCUGGACAGCAUGAAGUCAACUGUGAGCUCUGGAGCUUUCAGCCAAACUGGGAGCCAGUUCAGCCGGGCAGGAAGUGUGCCCCACAAAAAGAGACCCCACAAAGUCGCCAGCAAGUCUCCGUCGGUUGUUCCGGAGCAGGCCUGCAUCAGCCAGCGCUUCCUUCAGGGCACCAUCAUUGCCCUGGUCAUCAUCAUGGCAUUCAGUGUGGUGUCCAUGUCCACACUCUACGUGCUGAGCCUGCGCAGCGAGGAGGAUCUCGUGGACAUCGAUGGGUCAAGCCAGAACAUUGACAAGACACAGAUCGUGCGAUCCACGGCUACAUCCAAUGGGGCCAGCAGCAGGACCCCUCCAGAGCACGUCCCAGAUGAGACACAUGGAGCAGCCCUUGGCAUUCCCAGUCGCGGUGUGCUGGCCUGUUUCAGCCCUCCCUGUUUUUCCACGUGCUGCUCCGUUGCUCCCACUGGCAUCUCCUCCACUGUCCCCUCGGAGACCAGCCCUGUCCAUGCUGCCAACCGGACAGGUGAGGGCCAGCCCAGAUUCCCAGUAAUGCUGGGACGUCUCCAAGACCAAAGCCAGCCCUCCCUCCUGCCAAUGACAAAUAUCAAAGCCAAAUCCAGGGGCAUCACCGGGAAAUCCGCCUCCUACACCAAGUGGCCAAAGACUCCUGACAGGUCUCAGAGCUUCGGCAGCCCCAAUGCCAGCCCCUCCUCCCCCUUCUCCCACAUCCAGGGCAAAUCCAAGUACAUCUCCAAACUCUCGCUCUCCCGCAGCAACUCCCGGCAGCAGCGCAGCCUCCGGCAGCCGGUGAGCGAGCGGCCCCGCACGGAGCAGCCCGGCACGGAUGGGCUGAGCCCGGUGCUGCAAUCCAUCCGGAUCCUGGAGAUCAACCUGGCCAUCCAUUCCCAGUACUGCGCUGCUGCUGACGCCUGCAGGACUGGGAAUUUCAGCUACCGCAUCCCUGUGAGCCAGCAGACAGCCGUGAACACCAACCUGACCCUGGAGAUGAACUCCUCCUCCACUGUGUCCAUCUCCCUUUGUGACCUUGUCUCCAGUGAUCCCUGCCAGGAUGCUGUGAGCAGGAACAGCUCCACUGACUCCACAGAUGCACAGGACACCACGCACCGCUGGCCCCUGGUGAUGCUGUCCUUCCGAGAGUUUUCCUACCACUUCCGAGUGGCGCAGCCGGGCCGAGCCGACUGUGGCACUUCCCUGGAGCAGCUGGGACACCUCUUCACUGACUAUUACUUCCAGUUCUACUGGCUCUGUGAGUGAGUCCCGGCAGCACCAGUGCCCUCUGCUCGGAGACAGGAGGGGAACUGGUGCCACUGGGAGCCUCCCGAAUUCCCUGCUCCGCUGGCCCCCAGCCCCGCCUCAUCCCCGUGUCCUGUGGCAGCUCCGGAGCUGGAAUGGUGAUGGCUGGAGACACUGAAGCUCAGGACAGACAGGACCUAAAAGCCACCACCAGCCCUGUGGUGGCUCCUGGGGGGACCUCACACCGAUUCCCAGUAUCCCACACCCCUCUCCUUCCCUUAGGGGGAUGUUUGUGUCCUCCAUCACUUCCCCCUCCCCUUCCAACACUGGAUUUGGAAGCAUCACACCAGACUGAGCGUGGACAGCUCUGCCACAUCUCAGAGGGGUGCUCCUUCCAUGGACAGGAGCCCCACCCGGUGCUCCCAGAUGUCCCACAUCAGUUCUUCACAACACUGGAAUUGCUUCAACACUGGAGCCAUUUCCAAGAGUCAAACGCUGGAGUUUGGCCUGGAAAAGAUGGCUGAGCCUGGACCUACUGGAAGUUCUACACUGGAGUUGCUGUUCCUUCUGCUUGGCCCAGGGCCACUUCCCACAGACUUCCCAGAGACUCCCAGACCUGCCAAUGGACACGUUCCUCUAGGAACAACCGGAGAAGGAGCAGCUUCGACGUCAUCCCUCCUCUUCUUUGUGCUCUUAAAUCCCAUAUCCAUGUGGGAUAUCCAGGUGUGGAUGGAUAAAACCCCCACUCAAGCUGCUGCUGAGGCCAUGCCACACCUGGGGACACUUGUCCCCAAGCCAGGGGUGACAAAUGACCGGGACUUACCCACAUUAAGUGUGGUAGGAUCCGUUUUUAUCCGCUUGGAAGCGGCGUGUGCGGAGCUGCCUGGUCGGCUCUGGAGCCAGUGCUAACCUCUGCCCAGAUGUGCAGCACUGGCAAAGCCUGGAGUGCCCUGCGGAGCAAGGCCAAGUCCCUGGGAGCACCAGGAUCUAUGUCCAGGCAGGAUCUCUGCCUCAGGAGAGUGGUGGUGUUCUCCCAAAAGUUGGAUGGCAGCAGCUGCAGGCUGUCCCUGCCCUCACAGAGCUAUGCUGGGGGGAAUUUGGGAUAUUUUACUGUUACAAGUCCUUAAAUUGCUAAACUAC